AAGCGAAACGAAGAAAAAGGAGAAAAAUAUUUAAGAUCAAGAGAGAGAAAGGGAGAGAUGGGAAGGAAGGGGAUAAACGGAGAAGGCCAUUAAGGGAAGCGGCGAUCAGGAAGAGGAGCGGGGUGAAUUUUUGGAAGGAUCCACGGGGACUUCUUCUCAAACUUUCUGCCCAUUUAUUUCCUUAAAAUCACUUGGAUCGAACGUGGAAUCUGGCCGGAUCCGCCGGGCGCGAGAGGUUCGAUCUCCGUUGCGGCGCUGGGCGUCCUUCGGUUUAGGGCUUGGAGUGGGUUCUUUCGGGGGGUUACGGUUUUGUGAUCGAUCUCGGUGCUUGUGCGUCUAAGGCCACGAUGGCGUCUUCGUUCCCAGGUCAUGUCAGUGCCGUUCAGGUGGGGAGUUAUUUUGUGGGGCAAUACUAUCAUAUUCUCCAACAGCAGCCUGAAUUAGUCCAUCAGUUUUAUACGAAUGCGAGUACCAUGAUGCGCUUCGAUGGGACCACGACCGAGUCCGCUACAGGGAUGGUGCAUAUUCACAAUCUUGUAAUGAACCUGAAUUUUAGUGGGAUCGAGAUCAAAACUGCACACUCUUUGGAAUCUUGGAGCGGAGGUGUUUUGGUUAUGGUUUGUGGUUAUGUGCAACUGAAAGACUACAGUGUUAGGAGGAAAUUUGUCCAGACCUUCUUCCUUGCACCCCAAGAAAAAGGAUAUUUUGUUUUGAAUGACAUCUUUCACUUCAUUGAAGAGGAACAUAUUAAUCAGCACCCAUCAACUGUAUUAGCUGCCCAUAGCAAUUUUGAAACCAAGUUAAAUGCAUCCAGUCCUAUGCCAGAUCCAGUUUCCAACUACAUGAUGGGUGAAGAAAUACAGGCUGCGGAGUUUGAUGCUGCCAUCCAUGCAGACGAAAAUGACACAGUUGAGAAAUAUAUCAUCCCUGAGCCGCAACAGCAGGUUCUGGAGUCUGAUGAAAGGAUAGAUGAAACUUCCGCAGAAGAGCCCACUGUUUCAUAUCCAAAUGUGAUUACCACCAUGAGGGACCCACCUCCUGCUCCUGCAGAGGAACCUGUUGGGGAGCCUCCAAAACAAACUUAUGCUUCAAUUCUGCGAGCAAAAGGACAAUCGGGACACUCUGCACCUCACCCAGUGUCUUUAAACAAGACCACUCAGGUGGCUUCAGACCGGCAGCAUGCUCCGCAGUCAGCCGUGCAACUGUCACAGCCUGCUGUUGUGCCUGAGAAGUCCAGCUCAGAGGCAUUGGAGGAGAGCGCAACAUUUGAAUAUGAAGGUGAAGCACGAUCUGUUUAUGUGGGAAACCUUCCUUCAUCUAUUGCCGCAUCUGAUCUUGAGCAAGAGUUCAAGAACUUUGGCAGAAUUAGGCCUGAUGGUGUUACUGUUAGGAGUCGCAAGGAGGCUGGUGUUUUUUAUGCAUUCAUUGAAUUUGAAGAUGCUGUUGGCGUGCAGAAUGCACUUAAGGCAUCACCAAUACUGUUGAACGGGCGCCUAAUUCAUGUGGAGGGGAGAAGACCUAAUAGUGCUGCUUCCCGAGGUGGAAGAAGGGGCAGAGGACGGGGUGGCUACCAGACAGAGGCUUCAAGGGGGCGUUUUGGUGGUCGAAACUUCAGUAGAGGUAGUGGGCAAGACAAUAGUGACAGGGACUACAAUAAUCGGUCGAGAGGAAAUGGAUACCUUCAACGAGGCCCUCGCCAAGAAAGGGGCAUCUUGGGAAAUCAUGCUCUGGGAAAUGGGUCUAAUCCUUCUGAAGCUUCAUCUUAGGUAAUUCAGUAUAUGGAUGCAUGUUGCAUCGCCCGAGUUCCCGCAAUGUUCUGGAUGUUGUCUUUUUGCCCUUUCACGGCAUAUGUGGUUACUGUUUUUGUGGUGUGUCAUUUGGUUAGCUGGUAUUGAGAGGCUGCACUGGUAGUUUUUGGGUGCGCUUCCCAUUUUUCUGUUUUCCUUUUCUUCCCUCGUUCAGGAGGUUAGGACUCUUGCAGUUACAGGAGUUCAGAGGGAAUUGGAGAUUUAAUGAGUUCUGAGGUAGUAUUUGACUUGCUAUUCAAUUUAAAAUCGCUCUGAUGCAAAAUAUCCAUCCUGAGCGUUUCUCA